CAAUUCUCCCCUUUGUAAUAAACCCUCCUCCCCUUGCGCGAAACUUUGCCUGAACCCCACCAACCAGCAAUUCUUUUGACAACUCAAACACACAUUUUCGUUGGGACACAAAACAUGGCCGACGGCAGUGUUAUGCCCCCCAAGUCCUCCGUGGUGGUCGAGGCCCACGAAGUCGACACCUUCCAUGUCCCCGAAGCAUUCCACCAGAAGCACCCGACAGGUACCCACCUGAAAGACCUUGACGAGUACCGGAAGCUCUAUGAGGAGUCCAUCCGCAGCCCAGACACUUUCUGGGCUCGUAUGGCCCGCGAACUUCUUCACUUCGACCAAGACUUCCAGACCACCCACAGUGGGUCGUUGGAAAAUGGCGACAAUGCCUGGUUUGUUGAGGGUCGUCUGAACGCCUCCUACAACUGCGUCGAUCGCCAUGCCUUCAAGAACCCCGACAAGGUGGCCAUUAUCUACGAGGCCGAUGAGCCCAGCGAGGGCCGCACAAUCACCUACGGUGAGCUCCUGCGGGAGGUGUCUCGUGUUGCCUGGGUUCUCCGCCAGCAGGGUGUGAAGAAGGGUGACACCGUUGCUAUCUACCUUCCCAUGAUUCCCGAGGCCAUUGUCGCUUUCUUGGCUUGCUCUCGUAUCGGUGCCGUCCACUCCGUUGUUUUCGCCGGUUUCUCCUCCGACUCUCUCCGGGACCGUGUCCUGGACGCGGGCUCCAAGGUCGUCAUCACGACCGAUGAGGGCAAGCGUGGAGGAAAGGUCAUUGGCACCAAGCGCAUUGUCGAUGAGGCUCUGAAGCAGUGCCCUGAUGUCACCAGCGUCCUGGUCUACAAGCGCACCGGCGCCGAGGUUCCCUGGACCAAGGGCCGUGAUGUCUGGUGGCACGAGGAGGUCGAAAAGUACCCCAACUACCUUGCUCCUGAGCCGGUGAACUCGGAAGACCCUCUCUUCUUGCUCUACACCUCCGGAUCCACCGGAAAGCCCAAGGGUGUCAUGCACACCACGGCUGGUUACCUUCUGGGUGCUGCCAUGACCGGCAAGUAUGUCUUUGAUAUUCACGACGAUGACCGCUACUUCUGCGGUGGUGACGUUGGCUGGAUCACCGGCCACACGUACGUCGUGUAUGCGCCUUUGCUGCUUGGAUGCUCUACUGUGGUCUUCGAGAGUACCCCGGCUUAUCCCAACUUCUCCCGCUACUGGGACGUGAUCGAGAAGCACAAGGUGACCCAGUUCUACGUCGCACCCACUGCCCUGCGACUUCUGAAGCGGGCUGGUGACGAGCACAUCCACCACAAGAUGGCACACCUGCGUGUCCUGGGCUCUGUCGGUGAGCCUAUUGCUGCCGAGGUCUGGAAAUGGUACUUCGAGGUUGUCGGAAAGGAAGAAGCCCACAUCUGCGAUACCUACUGGCAGACUGAAACGGGUUCGAAUGUUAUCACGCCUCUGGGUGGUAUCACCCCGACGAAACCCGGAAGCGCGUCGCUUCCCUUCUUUGGUAUUGAGCCCGCCAUCAUUGACCCGGUCUCUGGUGAGGAGAUCACUGGCAACGAUGUGGAGGGUGUGCUUGCCUUCAAGCAACCCUGGCCGAGCAUGGCCCGUACCGUGUGGGGCGCCCACAAGCGCUACAUGGAUACCUAUCUGAACGUUUACAAGGGCUACUACUUCACUGGAGAUGGUGCCGGCCGUGACCACGACGGAUACUACUGGAUCCGGGGUCGUGUUGACGAUGUGGUUAACGUUUCUGGACAUCGUCUGUCCACGGCUGAGAUCGAAGCCGCCCUCAUUGAGCACCACAUGGUGGCUGAAGCUGCUGUUGUUGGUAUUGCCGACGAGCUUACUGGUCAGGCCGUCAACGCUUUCGUGGCCCUGAAGGAGGGCAACGAGACCAGCGACCAGGUCCGCAAGGAUCUGAUCAUGCAGGUUCGUCGGUCCAUCGGACCUUUCGCUGCCCCCAAGGCCGUCUACGUUGUCGAGGAUCUCCCCAAGACCCGUAGCGGUAAGAUCAUGCGCCGUAUUCUCCGGAAGAUCCUGAGCGGCGAGGAGGACAGCCUGGGUGACACUUCUACUCUGUCGGACCCUUCGGUUGUUGACAAGAUCAUUGCCACGGUGCAUGCUGCCCGCGGCAAAUAAGAUCUUCGCAUGACCCGAAUUCAAGACGAGCGAUAUUCACAGCCAUGAAAUGAAAGCGAUUAAUCAGGAUGUUAUGAUGAGUUGAUUAGCAUUAUUGGGUGGACACAGUUGUCCGGAGGCGCAGUCAUAUUCCUAUAAACCCCGUUUAGUGAUUCCCAACGUGUUUGAGAGAUGAACAUUAAGGUGAUCGCUGAUCACCUUUUCAAUAUACAUUAACUUCUAUUCUUCAUACGAAUUGUUUUUUGUUAUCCAAUGUAGCUUGGGGUGUUCCUUCACAUGACAGCACUGGUUGUCGGGGUCUCUCUUCUCUAUU